GUUGCAGAGGUUGCAGACGUUGAAGUUGUUGCAGACGCUGCAGAUGUUGCAGAGGUUGCAGACGUUGAAGUUGCUGCAGACGUCGUGCCGGAGCUGCAGGAGGAGAAACAGUUGCUUGAAGAUGAAGUUGCUUUCCCUGAAGAUCGUAUGUUCGUCUGUCCCUCCGGCUGGGUCCGAUACAAGACCGGCUGUUAUCUAUACGUGAGCUCUGCUUUGUCCUGGAGCGGCGCUGAGGCCAACUGUGCCAGGCAGGGAGCUUCGUUGGCUACUUUCCACGAUGUGUUUGAAUACACUUUCCUGCAGUCGCUCACUGGACGAGCAGGAGGCGUCUCGGCCUGGACCGGAGGGUUCUACUUCCAGACCUGGAGGUGGCUGGACCAGAGCCGCUUCACCUACUUUGGAUACUCCUCUCUGAACAGCGGCAGCAGCUACCCAUGUGUCUACCUUCUGUCCUAUGCGGGCUGGACCAACAACGUCUGCACAACUUCAAGACCUUUCAUCUGCAUGAAGAGAACCGACACCUGCUGAGUCCUCACUGAGAGACGGAGGACACUGAGUCCUCACUGAGAGACGGAGGACACUGAGUCCUCACUGAGAGACGGAGGACACUGAGUCCUCACUGAGAGACGGAGGACACGUUGGAUCCGGGGGGAGAAACUUGAUGUUGUUCAUUAAAUCACAUGUUGUUAAUAAGAAGUGAUUUUUAAAGUUUGUAUUUCAGUCUGUUUUGGAUUCUCUGCAUGUUGUGUUUAACUCUUUGAGUUCCCUUGUUGUUGAAAUGUUCUUUAUAAAGAAAUAUUAAUAAAGAAAAGUCUUCUGAUG